GUUUUCGUUUCACGCAAACUCAGAAGAAUGAAGAUGUCGAGGAGGCCAUUACUCUUUGCCAACAAUAAUUGUCAGCUUUGUCUUCACUGCACCCGGACAGGUAUUUCAGCUACAUGAGGCUGCAGAAAGCCUAUUUGUCUUGUUACCGGAUUCUACAUGACCCUGCUGAUUUGUCACUCGCUGUAGAGAACUUCAGACUAGCAUCAGGACAUGCCACACAAGGCUUUCCGGAACGUAUCAAGGCAGCUUUGCGCUGGGUUGCUGCAGCAGAGGAGCACAACCAUGCAUCUGGACUGGAGACCUACACAACAUUUUUCAACCUUUUUGACGGUCACUUCGCAACGCGAUCAUCGACAAUUUCACGACACGAAGCUGCCGCUGCCUUUCAUUAUGUCAGAUCACUGCCCGUAGCUGCAGCCUCAUGUGCUAUACGUCAUGUCAAUCUACGACAGGCAGUUGAGCUCGUGCAGCAGGGCCGUGGCCAUCGUUCAACUUCGACGUUCAACUCCCAUUCUCGACUCACGCCAGCUGGCUUACAGGCGUGCACUACUGUCCAUGUCUGUGCGCUCCUGAAGCCUGAAAAAGCUAUAUAUGCUACAAGACAGCCGCACCAUAUUACGAAAGUCAAUAUCUCACAAUGCUUCCGAUACGACGACCGGUGGGUCACGAGUUGUCCUCGGAGAUGAGAAGCAGGAGCAAAUAGAAAUUUGCAUCUAACGUUCCGGCGAUAUCGCCUAUUAACAUCUCUCGCUCCUCGACUUUCCAUUCUGUACACUGCUUUCCUUCGUUGGUACAGUAGAGAUAUCCAGGACAUUGGUAGAAAUAUUGUCAAUGUCAAGACCUAUUCGA